GGAGACCGCGCCAAAGCUCAGACAGCGGCCACUCUUCAGGACAUCAACACACUGCGGAGGGCAUUUAAACGCACUCUACACUCGAUACGACGACCAUACGCAUCGGAGCCUUCGGUUUUUUUUCUUCUUCUAUCACUUCUGAGGACUGCCUUUACUUGUUCGUCUGUUUCAUUUUUUGAUUUUUUCUUUUUUUGCUUGUGUCGACUCACCGACGCCAGAUUUCAUGCCGGUUUUCGGGAGACGGUGUACGACUUCACGGUCGUGACACGACUACUUCGGAACGGGCGCGGUGCGGUGCGGCGGAGUUGGCGCACUGCUCGACUGGAUAUAUAUAUAAUAUUAUUACUCGCCUCGGAGCCAAGACGGUGUGCACCACCACCAUUUCUGCUGCGCCCGAACCCGCUUUCCCCUCCGACUACAUCGCCUCCUCCGACUCUCAGCGGGUGAAUUGGGAUCGUCUGCGCCGGCUUUUCAGCGUGAAUAUGUUGCUGUCAAAGUUCGGCUCAUUUUCGCACAUUUGCAAUCCGUCAAGCAUGGACCACUUACCCGUGAAAAUACAGCUCCAGCCAGUCAAAGUGGAGAAGGAGCCCUUCGAGAAAGUCUACCAAGUGGGCUCCGUGCUGGGCAGCGGAGGGUUCGGAACAGUGUACGCCGGCAGCCGGAUCUCCGAUGGCGCACCGGUUGCAGUGAAGCACGUCGCGAAGGAGAGGGUGACCGAGUGGGGCACAAUUAAUGGAGCUAUGGUGCCUUUGGAGGUCCUGCUGCUGAAGAAGGUGAGCUCGUCGUUUCGCGGAGUUAUCAAACUGCUGGACUAUUACGAGCGCGCGGACGGCUGGCUCAUCGUCAUGGAGAGGCCGGAGCUCGUCAAGGACCUUUUCGACUUCAUCACCGAGAAGGGCGCCCUGGACGAGGACACGGCGCGGGGCUUUUUCCGCCAGGUUCUGGAGGCGGUCAGACACUGCUACAGCUGCGGCGUAGUGCACAGGGACAUCAAAGAUGAGAACCUGCUUGUGGAUCUACGCACCGGGGAGCUCAAGCUUAUUGACUUUGGCUCAGGGGCGAUUCUCAAGGACACGGUCUACACCGAUUUCGAUGGUACAAGAGUAUACAGCCCACCAGAGUGGAUCCGCUACCAUAGAUACCACGGGCGUUCAGCGACGGUGUGGUCGCUAGGCGUGCUGCUCUAUGACAUGGUGUGUGGAGACAUCCCCUUUGAGCAAGAUGAGGAGAUCCUCAGGGGCCGACUGUACUUUAGGAGGAGGAUUUCAGCCGAGUGCCAGCAGCUGAUCAAAUGGUGCCUGGCCCUGCGGCCCUCAGACCGACCCACCCUGGAGCAGAUCUGCGACCACCCCUGGAUGAGGGCGACGACGACUGAGUCGCCCAAGUCGCCAGAGGAGCCGGUCGCCGGCGACAUCCGCCUCAGGACCAUCGACACAGACUCUUCGUCAAGCACAAGCUCGAGCAAGGAGAGUCUCUGAGGACGGUUCUGAUAGACUGAAAAGACUUUCUGGGGAAAGAAGGGGUUUGGAUGGAGGGAGCGAUAUGGACUCAAGGCCAGCAGCCUGUAGCCCAACUGGCCCGUCAGCGGCCGGGCGCUUCACUCGGCUGGUCCAGCUCGAAAAAUGUACUUUAAUUUUCCUCUUUUGUAGGGAAUUUCUAAUUUAUUACCAUUUGUUCUUCCUUAUCUUACUUUCUCCCCAUCCCCUCUUUUUUUCUUUCAGUUGAUUAUACUUGUUUCCUAAUCGGGAACAUUUUUCUGUUUUGGGCGGUCUUACCAGCACUAUUUAUUCUCCCCCUCCCCCCCUUUUUAACUUUAUUUCACUUGUUUGUUACUAGGCUGGUAUAUGCAGCUGGCAAGGCCCUCCUAUUCAGACAUGGCUGCUCUCAUAGAGCUUGGAGAAAACCUUUUUAUUUAAAUGUUUUAAUUUUGAUUUUGUAGUGCCUUUUUUUGGAAAGCUGCUUUUCUGGGGGCUUUCGUCAACAACUCUGUUUUUUGGAUUUGCCCGGUGGCCCAGUGGCUAAGUUGUCUGUGCUGUGAUGGACGUGGUUGGGGUUUAGGCUGAUUAAGUUUUUUUUGUUGUUUUUUUUUUUUUUUUUCUUUUUUUACUAGAAUUAUUUUUAACCCCUCCUCUUCAUCACUGUAAGCCAACCAGCCUCUAGCCAAGAGGUUAAGAUAGCAUUAGAUAGGAGAGAAAGAGGUGGGGGCUCUUCCUGACAAUGGAAUACUUGAAAAACACUCGACUCAACUCUGUGUCGCUCUCUUUAACGCUGCUCACUCACUCUAUAGCCUGAACAGGUGUUUGGAAACUGGAUCCUGUCUUUUCUGAAUGUCUACAAAAUGUCAACACACACACACACCUCCCCCCAAACACACACCUUUUUCUCUCUCGCUCCUCCUCCCCCAAUGACUGUUGCGGGGUGUGUGGCCCUCUUGACGUAUCUUUUCUGUUUUCUUUUUUUUGCCUCCCGCCAUCUCACUGCUUGACACUACAUAGCCCCGCCCCUGGCCUCCCUCAGGGUUCGGGGUGUGAAAUGCACAAUCAAUGCAAUAUUCAUGGACUCAAUUAUGUUUUUGUUUUGUUUUUUUUUCCCAACAAAUAUUGUACAGCCUGUAUUUUUUUUUUCUCUUUUUGUGUGUACUUUUUUUUUCUCCCCAUUUACUUUUAAUUUAUUUGUAAACAUGUAGACAUUCCACACUCUGUGGCUAUUUAUUUAUUUAUUUUCUAUGCUUAAAAGCCCCCCCUCCCUACAAAUUUGCAUAUCCUUCUUGGUCUUUGGUUUGCAUUCCUAUAACUUAUUUUUACAUUUCGACAUGAUUUUUAUUUUUAUUUUUUUUUGAGAUGUGGAGGAUGCACUGAAGCAGUUGUCGAUGUAAAAGAGAAUAAAAACAAGUUUACUUAAAUUUGAAAAGAGCAUUUGAAUGUUAUUUAACUACUCAUAAAAUACAAAAAAGUCUGUUGGUAAUGUUGAAUGGCUAAGUAUCAGAGAAAUCCAUCUGGUUUCCGUACUGUCAAGAUUAAUUUGAGUUCUAUGGAAAGCUAAAACAACAGGUGCAACAGCUUUUGUAGUUGUCACAUAGCCUCAUAAUGGAGACCUUUCAGUUAAGCUGUGUGACUUGUGGCUGUGAAGGAUGGAUAUUGCUAUUUUUUGAUACAAAAGUUUCAAUUAAACUCCCAUUUUUAUGUACAGAAAAACAA